AAUUACAUCUAAGUUAUUGACAGAAUAUUGUUUGACAGAUACAUCCUUAAAAGAUGAAAUUAAACAUCCAAGGACAAAAUCUUACAGAUAAGGACAAGUUGAUCUCCACUUGCCACCUGUUAUAAGGUUAAUUACUUAUUUGCCCUUAACUUAUUUUUUUGGGAAUAUAUUCCCUUACUGCUACAGAGACCGUCUCUCUCUCUCUCUCUAUCUUUCUCCUUCGUCAGCGACAGCUUCUUCUUCUUCUUCUUUAAUUUGAAACGCAGUGAGAGAACCCGUCCAUGGAAGCUUUCCAAUUUCUCUUCUCCUAUUGAAAGCGAUCGAAUUUCCAUUAUGUCAAAGUCAACAUUUGGAAGAUUUACAUAUGGGACAGAGACUAUUCUUUUACCGUUGUCAUCAAGCACCACGUAUGAAAAUUUGUGUGCCAAAAUUUCCUCAAGGUUUCGAAACCUCAAGGAUGGUCAAUUUGUUUUUAGAUAUGCACUUAACGAUUGCCCCAAUUGCUACUUAGAGUGUGACGAUGAUAUUUUGAUCAUGUUGGAUAUCUUCCAACUGCUAAAUUUUCCCUUUAUAGAUAUACAUGUUCUUAAUGUUGGAGCUUGUUCCAAGAUGUGUGUCGAUAAACAGGAAAUUGCUGCUACUGUGGAUACUGCUAUUGUUAAUAUCCCUGAACUUGUUGAUGAAGAUCAUGCUAGUAGUGAUGAUUCAAACCUUGAGGAUGACAACAACAUGAUAAUUGGAAAUUUUGUGAGCAACAAGUCUAAAAGGAAGUAUAUGUCUAGUGAUUGGAAUGACAAUAUAUAUAAGAUUGGUCAAGUUUUCAUUGGUGGUGCCGUCGAAUUUCGGGAUAAGUUGUGCAAGUUUGCAGUUGAGAAGGGGUUUGAGUUUAACUAUGUUAAGAAUGACAAGUGCCGUGUUAGUGCUACUUGUGCCAAGAAAGAUUCCGAUGGGUGUGAAUGGUAUGUUUAUGCUUCCUUAAACAAGGCUAGUGGUUAUUUCCAUAUAAUAAAGUUGGUGAAUAAUCAUUCUUGUGUUGGUGUUGUCCGGCAUCAAAAUCAUAAGAGGUUAGGAUCCAAAGUUAUUUCCACUAUUAUGGCUGAUAAAGUCAGAUCCGAUCCUGUGACUAGUUUGUACUAA